UCUGUUGUUUUGCCGGCUUGCAGCAGGGACUGGGCGAGUCUCGGGGAAGGUCCGGCGGGGCUCAUCGCCGAGCGCGUCCUCGCCAACGACGUGGCCGACUACGUCCGAUUCCGCGCCGUGUGCGGCCCGUGGCGGCGGUGCUGCACCGACCCGCGCGGGCACAGCGCUCUGGACCGCCGGUUCCACCCCAGGCGGUGGGCCAUGCUCCGGGAGAAGCUCGCCUCCCCCCACGCCCGCCGCUUCCUCAACGUCUCCACCGGCGAGUGCAUAGAAACGGAAAUCUUGGAGCUCCGCGAGCAUGACGAGCUCGGGGUCACCCCCGAGGGCCUCAUCAUCUUGCUCCACGGGCGCACCCACGUCCGCCUGCUCAACCCGCUGACGCGCCAGCAGCUCACGGAUCUCCCGCCGUUAACCACGCUGCUGCCUCCAGAGCGCCACUCCGACCUCCUUCCGGACCGUGAUUUUCCUCUCAGAGCGUGGGGCUCCGGCAUUGCCGCAGAUGAUUCCUCGGUCGUGCUUUGUUUCGACUCGCUAUGCAUUGUAGGCAUCGCCAAGCCCGGCGACGAGCGCUGGACAAUGGUCCGGUACAAGAUUUCGGUGCACACAGCACCCUUGAUGUUUGCAGGCCGCUUCUAUUGCACCACAGAAAAUGGCGUCUUGCUGCUAGAGACCAGUGAAGAUGAGCCACCGCGCAUGGAGGUGGCUGCCAGAUUGCGAAAGCCAAUCUCCGCGAUGUUAAAUGAUAGCGCACACCUGGUGAAUAACGACGGGGAACUGAUGCUGGUGCACCGCACGAUUCGGUACCUUAGGAAUAGGUCAAGGAGGAGGACGUAUCACGUUUAUAAGGUGGAUUUGGACACCGGGACUCUAUUCCCGGUCAAGAGCCUGGGCGGCCGAGCAUUGUUCAUGGGCAUGCAUUGCUCUUUUUCGGUUUCCACCAAGAUUUUCCCCUCUAUAAGCGGUGAUACCAUCUACUUGAGCUUUGAUCUCAAGGAGAGAGUCCAUGAUGAAGAAAUAGAGGCCUACCAUCUGCCAAAUGGAAGCACGAAAUCUGCACAUUACAACCUAGACAGCUCCGUGCCGUGGCCUCAUAAAGUAGUGCCGGGGCCUCAUACUCUCAUUGAUUGUUUCUCCUUGUGCAAUACCGUUGAACCAUGUCCAAAACAUGUAGCAUUGGUCAACCUCAGAGCAGCUUGA